UUUUACUUUUCUUUCACUUCUUCCCUCUUUUCGUAGUUUGGUGUUUGUCUAUCCGGGGUCCAGCUGCUUUUAACUCGCUCAUCUUCCCAUUACUCCUCCGACCACGCGGUCAUGCCCGUCGCCUCCGUGACCGCGCUCGCCCGGAUUGGCCACGCGCGACUGACCAUGCGUUUUCUGGUUCCACCGAGCCAACUGGGGCCAAGCAAGAUCUGGAAAAGCCGAGUUUUGUUCCGCCGCUCCCCCUCCUCACCAACGUCGCCGCCGCUGCUGGAUCCGGGGCUAGCGGGAAGGCGGAGCCAGGAGGGCAGGGGCUUUGCCGGAGGAUUUCCUGCUGGCCAGAACCGGCCCUCCCCCUUCCGCAAUAAAAGCCCCCCCGGACCCAGCAUCUUCAGCAUCAUCAGAAGCGCCUCUCCUCCUCUACACAUCCCCUCCUCCUCCUCCUGCAGAGCCAUCAGCUGUUCUCCCUUUCUCUCCCGCUCCUGUGGAUGGCACAGGAACGCAGACAGGAAAAUGUCCACAAACCCGGGUUCCGGCAAGCCCCAGGCUAAAUCGCCGUUCCGGAAGAGGGGCAGCCUGCAGAUUAAUGCCAGCCCUGAUAUCCACGGGGCCCGACACCUCCUCACCUCCCAGCGUUCUCUUCCCGGGACGCCCGUUUCGUACAAGCCCCUCCCCAUCGACCUGCGCACCUCCAUGGACGGCAUGUACAAGGAGAUCGCCGAGGAGCUGUUCACGCGCAGCUUGGCGGACAGUGAGAUGCGCAGCGCUCCCUAUGAGUUCCCGGAGGACAGCCCCAUCGAGCAGCUGGAGGAGCGCCGCCAUCGUCUGGAGAGGCAGAUCAGCCAGGACAUCAAGGUGGAGCCAGACAUCCUGCUCCGGGCCAAGCAGGACUUCCUGAAGACUGACAGCAGCGCAGACCUGGAAUUUCUGAAGGAGCAGAAUGACGUCUCGGCAGAGCACUUCCCUAAAGUGAGGGAGCAGGUCCAGGAGUACCAGCGUGUCGCCAUCUCAGGAGAGGAGGAGUGUGGGGUACCCUUCGUGGACCUGCUGGACGCUGCUAAGUGUGUGGUCCAUGCGCUGUUCAUCCGGGAGAAGUACAUGGCCCUGUCCAUGCAGAGCUUCUGCACAACCACGUCCCGCUACCUACAGCAGCUCGGGAACAAGCCACUGGAGCUCCGCGUCUACGACGAUAUCCCAGAAACCCCUGUGGCUGCAGAUGCCCCUGUGCACCCUCCCGUUUCCGAAACGCACCCCUACGCGGAUCAGGACCCCAAAAACAUGCCCGGCGACACUGGCUUCGGCUGCAAGAUGGUGGACGGGGUGAUGCACGUCUACGGCAAGAGGAGCAGCUUGGACAAGAGUACAGAGCUGGACCUGCCGUACCCUAACCUGCAGGAGUACAUCGCCGACAUGAGCGUCAUGAUGGCCCUGAUCAUCAACGGCCCUGUGAAGUCGUUUUGUUACAGGCGGCUCCAGUACCUGAGCUCCAAGUUUCAGAUGCACAUCCUGCUGAACGAGAUGAAGGAGCUGGCUGCCCAGAAGAAGGUCCCGCACCGCGACUUCUACAACAUCCGCAAAGUGGACACGCACAUCCACGCCUCCUCCUGCAUGAACCAGAAGCACCUGCUGCGCUUCAUCAAGCGGGCCAUUAAGAAGUACCCCGGCGAGAUCGUGCAUGUGGAGCAGGGCCGAGGCCAGACGCUCACAGAGGUGUUCCAGAACAUGAACCUGACCGCCUUCGACCUGAGCGUGGACACACUGGACAUGCACGCCGAUCGCAACACUUUCCACCGCUUCGACAAGUUCAACGCCAAAUACAACCCCAUCGGAGAGUCCAUCCUCCGGGAGAUCUUCAUCAAGACUGACAACCACAUCGAGGGAAAGUAUUUCGGACACAUCGUAAAGGAAGUGAUGUCAGACCUGGAGGAGAGCAAGUACCAGAACGUGGAGCUGCGGCUGUCCAUCUACGGCCGAGCUCGGGACGAGUGGGACAGGCUUGCGCAGUGGGCUGUCCGCCACAAUGUCUACUCCGAAAACGUGUGCUGGCUCAUACAGGUGCCCCGCCUCUUUGAUGUUUACCACACCAAGAAACAGCUGGCCAACUUCCAGGAAAUGCUGGAAAACAUUUUCAUGCCGCUUUUUGAGGUCACCAUCAACCCACAAAGCCACCCAGAGCUCCACCUCUUCCUCCAGCAUGUGGUGGGCUUUGACAGUGUGGACGACGAAUCCAAACCGGAACAUCACAUCUUCAACUUGGACAGUCCGCUUCCGGUCAACUGGACCCUGGAGGACAACCCCCCCUAUUCCUACUACCUCUAUUACAUGUAUGCCAACAUGACUGUUCUCAACCACCUCCGCAGGAGGCGGGGUUUCCACACAUUUGUGCUCCGCCCUCACUGUGGAGAGGCGGGGCCUAUCCACCACCUGGUGUCGGGCUUCAUGCUGUCAGAGAACAUAUCCCACGGGCUGCUUCUGAGGAAGGCUCCAGUUCUGCAGUACCUGUACUACCUGGCUCAGAUCGGCAUCGCCAUGUCGCCCCUCAGCAACAACAGCCUGUUCCUCAGCUACCACCGCAACCCCCUCCCAGAGUACCUGUCCCGCGGGCUGAUGAUCUCCCUGUCCACAGACGACCCGCUGCAGUUCCACUUCACCAAGGAGCCCCUGAUGGAGGAGUACAGUAUCGCUGCUCAGGUGUGGAAGCUCAGCUCCUGUGACAUGUGUGAGCUGGCCAGGAACAGCGUGCUGAUGAGCGGCUUCUCCCACAAGACGAAGAGCCACUGGCUGGGGCCCGCCUACCUGGCCGAGGGGCCGCGGAGCAACGACAUCCGCCGCACCAACGUGCCGGACAUCCGCGUGGGGUACCGCUACGAGACCAUGUGCGAGGAGCUCAACCUCAUCACCCAGGCCGUGCGGUCCGAGGAGCUCAACCUCAUCACCCAGGCCGUGCGGUCCGAGGAGCUGGAGAACCCCGAGGAGGAGGACUCCCUCUCCAUGGCCCCCGUCCCGGGAGGGCGAUGAGGAGCCGCCACCCCCCGCCCCCCCUGCCACCAACCGCCACCCCGCCGCCUUCUGCCCCAGCAUGCCCUGCUGCAGCCGCCGGGCGCCGUACGCUUCCUGUCGCAAGAGGGGGGCGUUACUGCACACCUUUCGCCCAGUCAGAGAGCCCGGGCACCCCCCUUCCCCCCUGUGACAUCACAGACCAGCUGUUUCCCUGUCAGGAGUGGCUCGGGGCGUAUUUUAAAUUAACCAUUCCCCCAAGGUCAUCGGGAGGUCAGCGAUAGCAUCACUGUGUGCUCUGCGCCUCCUUUGUCGUGUUUCACUCUUUCUUCUUUUUGAGACCUCUUUACAUUUGUUUAAAUUCUUUCUUCCUCACACACACACUGUGAUUUAGUUUUUGUUACUAAGAUUUUGUGUGACAGUACUUUUUUUAAAACUAUUAUCUUCCUGUGAUUUUUAAAAAAAUCCUUCUUUCUUUGUCUCGUCCUCUCUCACUGUGAUUUCCUUGUUUGUUAUGAGCAUGCUCAGAUGCCGCACAGUACGUGGCAUGCUAUGAGCAUGCUCAGAUGCCGCACAGUACGUGGCAUGCUCGGUGUUAUUUUUUUACACUAAAGACAGAGCCGUGCUGCUGCAUCCCAGCUGACACAAAAUGUUCUCACAAUGUUACCACAAUGUUUCGUCAAUGUUAUAGCAGCAACAUUGUGAGAGCAUUUUUGCACAGGUAUCUUCCUUCUUUGUCCUUCUCUAUUCCUUAUUUCUAUUGCUGUCCUUCUCUUCAAAUUCUUCUUGCGGAAGCCUCCUACUCUGUUUACCUGUAACCCGAACCUUUUUUUUUUUUUCAUUGGGCUAGUAACCUAUCCCUCUCUGUCUAACUCAAAAAACCCUACACUUGCACAAACCCCUCCCCCUUACAUAAAACUCCUCCUCUUCACCUAGGCUCCUAUAAAGUGAAGUGAGCCCUGCAUGUGAUUGGUUCCUGCCAGUACUCUCCGUUUGCCUUCCCCCUCCCCAGCAUGAGGGCACUUUUUUCCCACCGGACUGGCUGUGGCCACAGGAAGCAGAGAUAUGAGAGAAUGCUGCUCGGUACCAAAAAUGACUUGCAUGCUGUGAGAAUGCCAUUCGACUGCUGCUGUAGAGCCACAGUUCACCCAAUAGGGGGCGCACUAGUGCCGCAUCUAUGUAUUGUGAAGUGCGGCCAUUGGAUUGUAUGCACACGGAAUGUGGGAUCAAAGGAUUGCAGAAAUAGAAGGGCGAGGUUCUGAGGGAGGGUCUGUUUCUCACACACAGUGUGUAUUAGCAGAGGCUAAUGGCUAUGUUAAAAGCUUACCUUUAAAAUGCUAAUGUUUCUACAGUUUGUUAAAGGUUUGUUUUUUUAGCUUUAUUAACUUCCACCAAUAGGCUACACAUACAGUUUAAUACACAAACACAUAAAUAUGAUAUGAACACAUGCAUAAUAUGUUAAAGUAGUCUUUCGAGAGAUGAGUAACAAGCGGUUUCAUUUUGAAACGACAGCUUUAAAAUACUGUACCAGCUCCUCAGAGUCAUGUUGAUUAUCGCUGUCUUGAGCGGCUUCAUCCCGAUAAUGUGGAAUAGUUUCUCAAAAUAAACACUGGCAUGAGGCUCCAAAGUCAUGGGUACAGUAGAUCCUUCAAGACAUAGACCUCAAAAUCAAGCUUGUUAUCUUUACUGAUGCAAAGAGGCAAGCGUUAAAUGGAAGUGAGUCACACUUUUUU